AUGGCCAAGUUUGCGAUCAUCACGUACUCCACGUACGGCCACGUCACCACGCUGGCCAAAGAAGUUGCCAAGGGUAUCCAAGCCGCGGGCGCUGAGGCUGAGGUGUACAGAGUUCCAGAGACUUUACCCAAGGAUGUGCUCGAGCUAAUUCAUGCACCUGAAAAGCCAGACGACAUCCCAGAGAUCAACGCUGAGGAUCUCACCAAGUUCGAUGGCUUUGUUUUCGGGUUCCCAACCAGAUUCGGUGCGGUUCCUUCGCAAAUCACCUCAUUGUUUGACGCUGCCGGUUCUUUGUGGGCUACCGGCGCGCUGUACCACAAGCCAGCCGCCUUCUUCACCUCUACCGGCAGUGGUGGAGGCAAGGAGACUACCAUCAGAAGCGCGCUGAGCUUCCUGUCUCAUCAGGGUAUGAUCUACGUGCCAUUGGGCUACGCCAAGACCUUCCCUGAGAUCACCAACGUGGAAGAAAUCCAAGGAAGCUCGCCGUGGGGUGCUGGUACUGUUGCUGGUAGCGAUGGAAGCAGACAACCCACACCACUCGAGUUGAAGACAGCCUACAUACAGGGUCAGGAAUUCGCGGAGGUGGCCACCAAACUCACUGCUCCAGCCGAGACUGAUGCUACGAAGGAAUCUGCAACAGCAGGCGAGACCUCAACUUCUGCUCCUGCUAAAGAACAGAAAGCGACUGCCACCGAGUCCGAAGACACUAAAAAGCCAGAGACCAGCGCAUCGGCCGCAAAGUCGAGCGAAAAAUCCGGCUGUUGCGUGAUCGUUUAG